AUGCUGUUUCUCGUGGCCUUCCUCUUCUUGGUGCGCAUUGCCGCAGGCGCUGGACGCAAUGCGACGAGUUCAAGCCAGUGUUCAUGCGGGUUCCGUGAUCCGCAGACUGGAGAGCUUUAUACAGAAUCAAUAAUUAUGUACUUCAACGAAACCACAUCGGUGGACCAACAUGUUCUUCGACUCAUGGACUACAGUCACAAGAAUCAGAAAGGCUGGACCACUACGUUUCGACAAGGAGCAAGCCCUGCAAAUGUCCGAUUCGGCAACAAUGGAUCUCUCCCCUGGCAAGAUGCCGUAGAUGGCACUGCUCCGAGAUUGGAAAUGGUACUGGGUGCCCGCAGAUUUGACCAUCUUUCCAAUGGAGCUGAACUUCAAUCGCUUCGACGCGACAUUCUGUACGGCAGCUUUCGAGCCGAAAUGCGUUCACCUUCUUAUCUGGAACGAGGAAGUGCCAUGUCGAUGUUCUUGCAGUACAACGACACUCAGACUGCUACCAUCGAUAUGUGCAACAUGGACAUGCCCACGAAGGCAAGGGUCCUUCAACUCAUCAAUGGUGAAUCGCCAUCCUACUCUCUUGCAACCAAUUACAGCUUGAUCGAGAAAGGAGAUCCACCAAGGAUUCCAGCGCUCUCCCCAUAUAGCUUUAUGGAGCUGCGAAUAGACUGGACCGACGACACAUUGGAUUUUUGGAUCAACAAUAAUCGCACUCGUCGAGCUACGAAGAAGGAGAGGACUCUGCCAUCGGUCCCUCAGACGCUGUAUUUUUCCCACUGGUCCACUGGAGACCAGUACUACAUGCAAGGUCCGCCUGUCAAUGCCUCUGUCGCACAACUGCAGUGGGUACGAGCAUUCUUCAACACGUCUCUCAUGACGAAAGCGGACCAUGAAAAGUAUGAUCAGCGUUGCGAAGCGAUUACAGCCUGCUCUGUGGAUGACAUGACUCUGCGUGAGUCAACGGAAUACCAAUCAGCAGCUGUGGUCAAGUGGAAGCCGUCAACUCCGCACCAACGCAUUCGUGAUGUUGCAGGCUACAUCGCCGCAGCUUUCAGCGUGUUUGGGGCCGUGUCAAUUAUCAAUGCGCUCAUCCGACGAGGGCCUUGGUGGAGAAUCAAGAAGAAACUAAAGGCUCUCCCUGGUAGCAAGAGGCAUUCUACGCAAGCACUUCGCAAGUCACUUCGAGAAUCUAUCGGUACGGAUCUGGCAAAUGCUUCAUACCCUGGACCCCCGGCAGGUGAUCUUUAUGGAAGCAUCUGCCAGCCCGUUGCGAACAUCAAGUCGAAGUCGCAAGUCGUACGACUCAAGAUCGUCAAGCGAGCGCGAGCACAAGCACCGCAGCUUUAUGGAUCUGGAAGGCCGCUCAAUCGAGAAGAAGGUCUUGUGGCCCUGUGCUGUAUCAUGGUCACGCUGCGCCAUUUCUCGCUGACAUUUUGGCCUUAUGUCACCACAAGUGGAGGAUAUGUAAUGCAUUUCAAAGCAGAUCUCGUGCUAUCUUACAUCUUGGGACCAUACAUCCUGACCCCUCUGUGGAUUGGACCUUUCUUCGUCACUUCAUGUCGCUUUCUGGCGCAAAGAUACCUCAAGACUGGCAAGCUGAACGACAUUGCCAACAAAAUGCUGCUGCGAGCGCCACGAAUGCUUAUACCGGUUUUCAUAUUCAUGACGCUGGAAUAUUUCUUGAUCUCGCUUGGACUCACAAGCAGGCUUGAAUGGCUUCCAAGCGUCUCGUACAGCACCUGGCCGUAUGUCACGCCUCAGCCGAACUUUGGAGUGUUCUUGAACGAAGCAGUGGAAAUUUCGUAUAUCACUCCAAACGCUGCACCAGAGGUCAUCAAUCAUUACUGUGUUGGUGUACUCUGGACUAUUCCUGUACAGCUCCAAUUUUCCUUCGUGACCCUCUUGGCAACAGUCCUCGUAAAAGAUGUCAAGACACCAUGGAAGCGAUUUUCCUUCUACACUUUCACAAUCAUCUGUGGGUGGUACGGACAGAGCUGGUCUGCGUGCCAUUGGCUUGGCCUUAUGCUGGCAGAUCUCGACAUUACUUACGACUGGAAGAAAUGGAUAUACGCCCGAUGGUGGCGACAUUACGGCAUCAUCACAAUCGCCGUUGUGAUCACGCUUGCAACACCAUUGGCACUUCUCUUCAACUCGUCCGUUCUUUUCUGGUCAUUCAUGUCCUGGGAGAACGCCAUCCAUCCCAACCCCACCACCGGAAGACCGAUCUAUGAGUCCCUUCCUAGCAUCUGGUGGGCGUAUCCUCAGUACUACGAGCCCAAUCUGGCAAUCCUUACAUUCAGUCUCGGCCUUCAACUGAUCGUCGAACUUUCGACGUGGACACAGAAGGCUCUCAGCAUUAAGAUCGUCACAUUCUUCCAUCCACAUAUCAUGACAAUAUAUCUGAUGCACGGAUUCGUGUUCUGGAGUGUUGGAGCCAGCGUAGCUGUAUGGCUUAGCGGACUGAGCUUUCCGUAUUGGGCUACACUGAUCAUCACGGCGCUCUUCUCAUACGCUACGAUCUUGUUCUUUGCCGUGAUUAUGACCCCCCUGAUCGAGUUUGCUACGAAAGGCUCGGUGAAGAAUAUUUGGCGAUGGGCUACAGAAGAGCCUGUGCCGCAUAGACGAACCACAGCACCUUUCACGAAGGACCUCGUUCUAGGAAGAAUGCAGGAUGAGGGAGAAGAGAAGAAAGCGAAUGCGCAGGUACAGACAGCGUGA